AUGAAGAAAAGAAAACUUAAAAAUAUGGUUCUUGUCCGAUGGGUUGGAAAUAACUCCAAGGAUUAUGAUGGAAAAGAACAUUACAUAGAGAAAGAAAAAAUGAUUGAAAGUGAAUCAAAAGUAGGAGAUGCCGUCAGAAUUAGAUGGUAUGGAAAAAUUUGGAAUGGAAUCCUCGUUUCUGACAGAAAAGAUAUUUGUGAAGAACCAAUCAAAAAAGGGAAAAAGGAAAGAAGUCACUGUAAAUCAGUUAAAAAUAAACCUAAAACAAAGAAAGAAAAAGACAGAGGCAAGAAUUUUACAACAUCAACACCAAAGAAAGAUAAAAUAACAGACGUCUUGCGUAGUAAGCAGUGGAGGCUACUUAACAAUAAAGGUCCUGCUGCCCUUACGAGAAGUUUGGUGAAGGCAAUCUUUACAAAUGACGAGCUGCUGAAUUCAUCAUUUGGCGGCAAAAAAGGCAACAUGUUUGAUCCCGAAAGGAUCUCCCGUAUAAGAGACACAGUUAACCAGGAGUUUAGUAUUCCAGCUUGCAUAUGUUCAACAGUGUGGAAUGAAUGCAGGACCAGUGUUACACAAAUGUUGAAGCAUUUCAGAAAAGAUGAAAGUUAA